CCUCGCCGCGUCUCAGCUACCUACCUACCGGCCAUGAUCGGCACCUUGGUCCCGCUGCUCGUCGCGGCAGCCCUGGCCGCCGCCUCGCCCCUCGGCCAGGACAUGGUCACGAAGCAGGCGCUGAGAAAGGCCUCCAGCGGCUGGGAGUUCAAGGCCUCCGCGCCGGCGGACCUGACGCUCAACAUGCAAAUCUCCCUCAAGGAGCAGAACAUGGACAAGCUGCAGCAGCGGCUCCUGGAGAUGAGCAACCCGGAGCACGCCGACUACGGCAAGCACAUGUCCAAGGCGGACAUUGAGGCCCUGACGGCGCCGUCGGCGGCCCACGUCGGCGCCGUCAGGAAGUGGCUCGAGUCGCACGGCGUGCGGGCGGGCGACGUCGUGAGCGGCACCCUCGCCGUGACGAUGUCGGCGACGCAGGCCGAGGAGCUGCUCGGGGCCAAGUACGGCGUCUACUACCACGCGCAAAAGGGGGUGUACACGGUGCGCACCACGCAGUACAGCCUGCCGCGGGACGUGCACGACGCCAUCGCCAUGGUCCAGCCGACGACCCUGUUCAGCGACAUGAACAUGUCCAACGGGCGCACGCGGGUCACGGCCUUGUCCUCCCGUGUGGCCAGCGGCGGCGUCGCGGACGGUGCUGACAAGGCCGUGAGCUGCGAUCAGGGGCUCACCCCGCCGUGCCUGAGGGAUCUCUACAAGAUCGAGGGCUACACGCCCCAGGCCAACAAGACGACCAUUGGCAUCACGGGCUACCUCCAUGAGGUGGCCGGCAAGGCGGACCUGCAGUCGUUCCUCCAGCAGUACACCAAGAUUCCUUCUGACGCCACGUUUGGCGUGCAUCUCAUCAACGGUGGCACAAACGACGGCAACGGCACCGGCGAGGCCAACCUCGACACGCAAUACGCCAUGGGCCUGACGUACCCGAUCCACAACGACUUCUACUCGACGGCGGGCUCGCCGCCCUUUAUCCCGGACGCGAGCACCCCCAACAACACCAACGAGCCGUACAUAGAGUGGCUCAACUACAUGAACGGGCUCGACAAGGUGCCAACGACGGUGACGUCGUCGUACGGCGACAACGAGCAGACGGUGCCGCGCGACUACGCCGAGACGGUGUGCAACCAGUUCAUGAAGCUGGCGGCGCGCGGCGUGAGCGUCCUGGUGAGCUCGGGCGACGGGGGCGUCGCGGGCGGCCAGACGAGCAAGUGCGUGAGCAACGACGGCAAGUGCACGAGGAAGUUUUUGCCCACGUUCCCCGCCAGCUGCCCCCUGGGCGUCACCGCCGUCGGCGGCACCACCAAGAGCAACCCCGAGGUCGCGGCCGGCCUCUCGUCGGGCGGCUUCUCCGACUACUUCCCCGUCCCGGACUACCAGUCGGCGCAGACCAAGGCGUACAUUUCCGGGCUGGGCGACAAGUACGCGGGCUUGUACAACCGUGGGGGCCGCGGCAUCCCCGACGUGGCGGCGCAGGCGGAGCGCUUCGUCGUCGUCAUCGGCGGCAAGAGCCACCUGCUCGCGGGCACGAGCUGCUCCUCACCCACGUUCGCGUCGGUGGUGGCGCUGCUCAACGACUACCGCGUCGCCGAAGGCCGCGCGCCCCUGGGCUUCCUGAACCCCUGGCUGUACAGCAAGGGCCACGCGGGGCUCAACGACAUCACGCAGGGGACGAACCCGGGGUGCGACACGGAGGGCUUCUCGGCGGGCAAGGGCUGGGAUCCGGUGACGGGCCUGGGGACGCCCAACUUUGUGGAGCUCAAGAAGCUCGUCUAGUGGCGGGUUUGUUGCCUGACGAUGGUGAAAUAGGGGUUACACCAAAUGUGCUUCGUACAUAUAUGCAUGUAUAUGCUGUCUUUGCGAGCAUGGGUAGACAUGAAGACGGCCUCAUCUACAUGUACCUAGAAACAACAACGCAUAGCGUCAAUAAGCACACGUCUCUACCUAGCAUUUGAUCAUGUCGGAUCGAGAAGAAGCGGCUACAUGUGGGUGCCGCUGCACGUUGAGCGAGACGAUGUCGAUUCACACAAGUCAUGGAUGAGAUACAUUGACAUCAGAAUCAACGCACAGCCCC